AUGAGCCAGGGCGGCGGGGCCAGCGGCGAGAGCGGCGAGCCGGAGGCCAAGGUGCUGCACACCAAGCGGCUGUACCGAGCAGUGGUAGAGGCCGUUCAUCGAUUGGAUCUCAUCCUUGGUAAUAAGGCAGCGUAUCAAGAAGUGUUCAAGCCGGAGAACAUCAGCUUGAGGAACAAGCUGCGGGAGCUGUGUGUGAAGCUGAUGUUCUUGCAUCCAGUGGAUUAUGGAAGAAAAGCAGAAGAACUGCUCUGGAGAAAAGUUUACUAUGAAGUUAUCCAGCUCAUUAAAACAAAUAAAAAGCACAUUCACAGCCGUAGCACUCUGGAGUGUGCCUACCGGACUCACUUAGUUGCUGGCAUAGGAUUUUACCAGCACCUUCUCCUCUACAUUCAGUCUCACUAUCAGCUGGAGCUGCAGUGCUGUAUUGACUGGACACAUGUGACGGACCCUCUAAUAGGCUGCAAGAAACCUGUGUCUGCAUCGGAGAAGGAGAUGGAGUGGGCACAGAUGGCAUGUCACAGAUGUCUGGUUUAUCUGGGAGAUCUAGCUCGCUAUCAGAAUGAGCUGGCGGGUGUGGACACAGAGUUGCUAGCUGAGCGGUUUUACUAUCAAGCCCUUUCUGUUGCACCACAAAUUGGCAUGCCCUUUAACCAGCUGGGGACAUUGGCAGGGAGCAAAUACUACAAUGUGGAAGCUACCUAUUGCUACUUACGCUGUAUCCAGUCUGAAGUGUCCUUUGAAGGUGCCUAUGGGAACCUGAAGCGGCUGUAUGACAAAGCAGCCAAAAUGUAUCACCAGUUGAAGAAAUGUGAAACCAGGAAGUUGUCUCCAAGCAAGAAACGAGGCAAGGACAUUAAGAGGUUGCUGGUGAGCUUUAUGUACCUGCAGAGUCUUUUGCAGCCAAAAAGCAGCUCUCUGGAUUCUGAGCUGACAUCUCUCUGCCAGUCUGUGCUGGAGGAUUUCAACCUGUGCUUGUUCUACCUGCCUUCUCCACCUAAUCUGAGCUCAACUAGUGAAGAUGAAGAAGAGUAUGAGAGCGGCUACUCCUUCCUUCCUGAUCUCCUGAUCUUUCGCAUGGUGAUCAUCUGCCUUAUGAGUGUUCACAGCCUCAAGAGGGCAGGUUCAAAGCAGUACAGUGCAGCCAUCGCUUUCACGCUGGCCCUCUUCUCUCACCUGAUAAAUCACGUCAAUAUUCGCCUGCAGGCAGAGCUAGAAGAAGGGGAAAAUCCAGUCCCAACCUUUCAGAGUGAUGGCACAGAUGACCAGGAGCUGCGGGAGCCGUUGAACUCGAUUGAGAAGGAAGCUGAAGCUGACUUGGCCAAUCAUCAGCCCAGCGAGGAACAACGGAAGAAUGACUGCAAGAAAAGCAAGAAAUACUCCCGCCUCUCCUGUUUGCGCCGCCGCCGGCACCCCCAGAAGGUGGAUGAGAGUGACCUGAGCGAGGGCUUUGACUCUGACUCCAGCCAGGGCUCCACAAAGGGCAGUGAUGGUUCAGAAAGUGGCUCAGAGAAGAGUGAUGAAGAAGCAGAAGCUGCUUUUGAUGUGGAGACAGACUCUGACAUGAACAGCCAAGAAUCUCGGUCCGACUUGGAGGACAUGGAGGAUGAGCCGGGCUCCAAGAGCCCAAGCAUCUCUAAAAUUGAGGCUCCGGAUCCAGCAGUCAAUGGGCCAGCUUCCCUGAGCACUAACGAUGCAAGCAUAGCCAGUAAUCUCCAGGCUAUGUCCACCCAGCUGUUUCAGACCAAACGCUGCUUUCGCUUGGCUCCCACUUUCAGCAACAUCCUUCUGAAACCGAACAGUGAGCCAGCUGUCUUGAAAGAUGGAAUAGAAAGCAAGCCAUGUGUCAAUGGAGAUCUGGAGAAGCCCAGCUUGGCAGAGCAAGAUGAUGUGUCUGACUCCGAGGAAAGCAUUUCAAGUAACAAAUCCUGCAGGAAUGAGCGAUCCCUUCAGGAGAAGCUAGAGAUCGUGACCAACGAAGGGCUGCUGCUCACUGUCAAGGUGUUCCUGGACUGGCUGAGGACAAACACGGACCUCAUCAUCAUGUGUGCUCAGAGCUCUCAGAGCCUGUGGAACAGGCUGUCUGUGCUCCUGAACCUUCUGCCUUCUGCUGCAGACCUGCAGGAAUCAGGGCUGGCCCUGUGUAAUGAAGUCAAGGACAUUCUGAGUGGUGCUGAGCUCCCAGACCUGAAAGCCAACUUGCUGCUCCCAGAAGAUGUGGCCCUGCGAAAUCUUCCCCCUCUGAAAAACGCACACAAGAGGUUUAACUUUGAGCAGGACCGGCCCAUUUUCUCAGCAGUUGAGGAGUCUGUUGUUCGGAUUUGCUGCAUUCGGAGCUUUGGCCACUUCAUUACCCACUUGCAAGGCAGCAUCCUGCAGUUCAACUCAGAGCUUGGGAUCUUCAUCAGCAUAGCACAGUCGGAGCAAGACAACUUGCUGCACCAGGCCCAAGCCCAGUUUCACAUGGCUGCAGAGGAAGCUCGUCGGAACAGGCUGAUGAGAGAUAUGGCUCAGCUUCGACUGCAGCUGGAGGUUUCUCAGCUGGAGGGAAGUCUCCAGCAGCCCAAAGCGCAGUCAGCCAUGUCUCCUUAUCUUGUCCCGGACACUCAGGCCCUCUGCCAGCACCUGGCUGUUGUCAAGCAGCUGGCCACCAGCGGGAGGUUCAUAAUCAUCAUCCCUCGAACAGUGAUUGAUGGCUUAGACUUCCUGAAAAAGGAGAACGCAGGUGCUCGGGACAGCAUCCGGUAUCUGGAGGCAGAAUUUAAAAAGGGAAACAGGUACAUUCGUUGCCAGAAAGAUGUUGGGAAGAGCUUCGAGAGGCAUAAAUUGAAGAGGCAAGAUUUAGAUGCCUGGAAUCUCUAUAAAAUACUGGACAGCUGCAAACAGCUGACAGUGUCCCAAGGAAGCGGAGAGGAUGACACCACAGGAAUGGUCACCAUCAUCACGGGCUUUCAGCUGGAGGAUCCAAGCACGUUCUCGGCGCCCAUGCAGUCUGCCAUCCAGGCAGCCGCCAAUGCCAGUGUAGAAAUAAAAAAUGUUCUGGAGUUCUACAAGCAGUGGAAAGAGAUGGGCUGAUGUUCAGAAAGGCAUCGGGUUGGUGUACCUUUCUCUCCCCCUCUCGGAACGUGCAGCGUCUGAACGAAGGAAACAAAAAUCCGGGCGACACUUAGACACGAAGAAGCAGCAGCAGCAACAAUAACAAAAAUAUCUACAAAAAAAAAAUCCAAUUUGGGCACACACACAGACACCCUCCACCUGUAUCCCGACCAGACGGCUGUACAUCUCCGACGGCGCCAACU